AUGACUCCCUCUGACCUCACCCAUCAGCCCAGCCCCCAUCCUCCACCGCUGCUCGCCUCUGCCUUUGACCAGAGUAAUGACAUUGAUCUCCCCGAUGCCGAUGACGUGGAAGAUCUCAAGAUAGCCGCUCACAAGAGGCAGGACUCCUUCAGCAGCUCUCAGGCUCGUUCUCACUCUCGAUCCAGCAGCAUUGGAGGCGCCUCCUUUGGUUCCAUCGAGGAAGAUAACACCGGAAUCGCUCAGUCCUUUGUUGAUACCAAGGAAAGCAACUCUUCCGGUGACAAGACUCAUGCCGCUGACUGUUCAGCUAGCAAGGCUAAGGAACUCAAGGCUCCCAUACCCGAUUUCUGCUGCCCCUGCGGAACUUUCCGAGGAUGGAAGCAGAUUCGUCUUGGUGGGAGAAAGCUGAGCAGAAGCUACAGUGACCUUCGUUUACUUGGAGGAACCCAGGCCAGAGGAUGGGCAUGGGAAGAAGAAAUCCCCGAUCCAGCGCCACUAAAGGCACAACAACAGCAAUACCAUGAAGAGGAGGAUGAGGAGGAGGAGGAAGAAGGAGAAACGCUAGAACUGUGCCGUCCUACCCCUAGAGUGACCAAGAGGGCCUGCCUGGAGAGGCUGCCAGUCGAGAUACUGGACGAGAUCAUAUCACAUUUGGCUCUGGAUAUCCCACCAAACGGGUAUACUCCUCGCAAUGUCGACUUGAUAUCCUGUCUGCUGACUUGCCGAACGCUGCACUCGGCCACACUUGGGGUGCUUUACAGACACAUCACCAUUCCUCACUCCAUCAUCUUCUCCAAGGCCCUCAACCAUAUUCGCCAGUAUCCCUCUCUAGGCACUAUUGUCAGGCGUCUGGACUUUUCACACUUUACUUCCGUCGGCCUCGGACGUACUCAGCAGAUGAACGUCGAAAUCCAAAAUCUCACUGCAAAGACUCUGCUUCAGUGUCUCGACCUGCUGCCAAAUCUUAAGGAGCUACUUCUCCAGGAACACGUCGAAGAUGACGUAGACGGUGAUGUUGUACGCAAGAUCUUCAUCAGCAAGACUCUUCUCCGAGCAGUAGACUUCUGUGGCUGUUCUUCUGCCAAAUUCUCCUCUGGGUUCCUCAGUGCAGUCACCCAGGAGCCCAAAUUUCCCAGUAUCCUUCCAAAUAUCCGUCGUCUAUCCCUUCAUGAGUGUACCGGACUGCCUGACGAGGCUUUCCAGUCUCUUCUCCCCCGUCUUACCAACCUCACCCAUCUCGACGUUGCUCAUACCCAAAUCAGCAACAGCACUCUCUUCCUGAUCCCAUACACUGCUCGGAUCACCCACCUCAACAUUUCACGAUGCACCAAACUCACCGGCCCAGAGGUGGUCCGGUUCCUCUCCACCCAUCCAGCAGUAACCUCAUCUUUGGUCUACCUCAACCUCAUGGUAGACGCCUCUCGCCAUCGUAUCCUCGAGGAGGCAGAUGUACCAAACCUCCUACCACACCUGAAAUCCACCCUCCGCUCUCUUAACCUAGGAGGAGCCCGUAUCUCCUCUGCCCACAUGCCUGACCUUCUCAGGCUCUCUAAACAUGUCGAGGAAUUAGGCCUUUCCUCUGCAGAUCUCACCCUCGAAGAUAUAAACUCCUUCUUUGCCCCUCCUUCAUCUUCGUCAGCUACCGCAACUCCCUGGGAGCCUUCACACCUCCGCUAUCUCGACCUCACUCGCAACCCUUACCUUACCCAAGCUGCCCUCUUCAACUCCAAGUCUUGUCUGCUGGUGACUCCUCAAAGCUACCCAUUACUUGUGAUCGAAAUGAGCGAGCGUCUCAUUGCCCCGCUGCGUGCUCGUAGCAAGUCCAGCAACAACCGUAGCGGCUGGGUUGUUCGUGAACUCGGCAGGCGAGGCUGGUAUGUCCGUGAACCCAGCGGUGAUCCCUCCAUGCCAGUUGAUGACGGCCAAAGGAGCUGGAAGAUGGGUGCACAUUGGUGGGGAACUCGCAAGAUCCCUGUCUCUGUAGGUGAUGUCGGCGGCAUCUAUGGACAUUACAUGUUCAAGAAAUAA